AUGGGGAUUAGGGCUGGUGUCUGGGACGGCUACGCCGGCAACCGUGGAGCUGUUGUGCGUUUGGCCUGCGGAGAAGCCGUGCAGGAUGGUGUUAGGAAUCAUCACGUCGUGCUGUUUCCCCUUCCGGCACAGGGCCACCUCGCCGGCUUUCUCGCCCUCGCCCGCCUCCUCCGCCGCGAGUUCCAGGAUGGCGUCACGAUCACGAUCGUCUGCACCCCGCGCACCGUGGCCGCGCUGCGCUCCUCCGUGGUGGACGCGGACGCUGGGUCGUCCUCGAGCAUCAGCUUCCAUGCGCUGCCGUUCGUGCCGGCCGACCACGGCCUCCCCGCCGACUGCGAGUCCACCAGCUCUCUCUCCAACCGCGGUGACUUGAUGAAGCUCUUUGAGGCCUUGGACACUCUCGAGCCCGCCUUCGACGACUUCCUCUCGAGUUUAACUGGCGAGGUCCAUAAAGGCGACGAGGAAGAGGAGCCCGCCGCCGCCAACGUCUGCGUCAUCGCCGAUGUGUUCGUCGCGUGGACCGUGGACGUGGCGCGCCGGCGCGGGCUCGCCCACGCCUUCUUCGCCUCGUGCGGCGCGUUCGGCUCCGCCAUCCUGCACGCGCUCUGGGCCAACAUUCCGGUGCUGCCGUUCGGCCCUGAUGGGACCCUCCGGCUGCCGGAGCACCCUACGGUUGUGCUCCACCGCUCGCAGCUAUCGCCGAUUUUCAGCUCCGGUGACGAGAGGUGGACCGCGUACCACCGACGCCACCUGCCGCGUGGCUACCUGACGAACGCGGUGAUCUCCAACACCGUCGAGGAGCUCGAGCCCACGGGGCUGGCCAUGCUGCGGCGCACUCUCGGCGGCGUUCCGGUAUACCCCCUCGGCCCUCUGGUCCGCGGCGUCCCGGCGUCGGAUGAGGACGACGGUGGCAGCGACGGGACGAUUCUCAGCUGGCUCGACACGCAGCGGCCAUCGUCCGUCGUGUACAUCUCCUUCGGGUCACAGAACACGAUACGAGCUAACCAGAUGGCGGAGCUUGCGGCGGCGCUAGAGUCGACCGGCCGGCCGUUCGUGUGGGUGGUCCGGCCGCCGGUGGGGUUCGACGUCAACGGCGCCUUCCGCGACGAGUGGCUGCCGGGCGGGUUCGAGGCCCGCGCUCGCGCCAGCGGCAGGGGCCUCGUGGUCUGCGGGUGGGCGCCGCAGCUCCGGAUCCUGGCGCACGCCGCCACGGGCGCGUUCCUGAGCCACUGCGGCUGGAACUCGGUGCUGGAGAGCCUCACGCACGGCGUGCCGCUGCUGGGCUGGCCGCUCGCCGCCGAGCAGUUCUACAACGUCAAGAUGCUGGCGGAGGAGUGGGGCGCGUGCGUGGAGGUGGCGCGCGGGAACAUGGAGAGCUCGGUCGUGGAGAGGUCCAGAGUGGUCGAGGCGAUGGAGAAGGUGAUGGGGGGCACGGCGGAGUCGGAAACGCUGCGGCGGCGGGUGGCGGAGGCGCGACAGGUGCUGAGCAGGGCGUGGGCGGAGGAUGGCGGAUCGUCGCGGGCGGCGCUGCACGACUUCUUUAGGGCCAUGCGCCUGCGAUGAAACUGAGCAUAUGGCAGUGCGCGCAGUCGCGCACUGGACUGUCAAUGCCAGCACAAGAAUUGAUCGAUUGCCGCUGUUCCUUUCUCCUUGUUCGUCGAGCCACUAGGUUUGAGUGGACCGAAUAAAAAUCAGUGACAAAUCCUCGAGCGUCAAAUGGCGAACCCAACUGCUGUGAAAAAAAGAUCCAAGGAACCAUGUUGGCAAAUACUCGAGUAUGUUUUUUCUGGUGCGAGUGCUGUAUCGCAUGGUCAUCGCUAGGAGCCUAGGACCACAUCAAUUUUCCUCUAGCAGAUGUGAGUUGUGACAUCCAAGUUUUAUUGGGUGGAAUUUCAGCAAGGUAUGGUUCCAACUA